AUGGCGAUUGAGAAGAAGCACGGCAAAGGCCGUUUGGACAAAUACUACUACCUCGCCAAAGAGAAGGGCUACCGCUCGCGUGCCGCCUUCAAGCUCGUCCAGCUCAACAAGAAGUACGGUUUCCUGCAAAAGUCAAGAUGUCUGAUCGAUUUGUGCGCUGCCCCCGGUGGUUGGCUGCAGGUCGCCGCAGAGACCAUGCCCAUCAAGUCACUCAUCGUUGGUGUUGAUCUGGCUCCCAUCAAGCCCGUUCCCAAGACAAUCACUUUCCAGGGAGAUAUCACCACCGACAAGACUCGCGCCAUCAUCCGUGGACAUCUCAAGACCUGGAAGGCCGACACUGUCAUUCACGAUGGUGCUCCCAACGUUGGUACUGCCUGGGUACAGGAUGCUUUCAGUCAGAACGAGCUGGUCUUGCACUCUCUGCGUCUCGCAUGCGACUUCCUCGGUCCCGGUGGAAACUUUGUCACCAAGGUCUUCCGUUCCAAGGACAGCGCAAAGCUCGAGUGGACUUUCAAGCAACUCUUCGACAAGGUCGAGCAGACCAAGCCCCCAUCCUCGCGUAACGUCUCGGCCGAAACCUUCUACGUCUGCCGUGGCUACAAGGCUCCCAAGAACCUCGAUCCCCGUUUCCUCGACCCCCAGUACGCUUUUGCCGAAGUCAAGGAUGCCGUCCCCAACAACGAGGCCAAGGUCUUCAACCCUGAAGUCAAGAAGAGAAAGAGAGAGGGUUAUGACGAGGGCGACUGGACCCAAUACCACGAAGUCCCCGUCAGCGAGUUCAUCCAGACAACCGAUCCCAUCGCUAUUCUUGGUGGCAUGAACAAGCUUACCUUCAACCAAGCUGGGAAUGGCGACAUUGCUCUGGCUACCAUCGACAAACUCCCUGAGACGACCGAAGAGGUCCGAAUCUGCUGUAACGAUCUGAAAGUCCUCGGAAAGAAGGAGUUCCGCCUGCUCUUGAAAUGGCGUCUUCAAGUCCGCGAGCGCUUCGGCUUCAGCACAAAGUCCACCGAUCACAAGAAGGCCACCGAGGCCGNNAGAAGGAGGCCAAAGCAGCGGAAGACGAUGAGGAAGCCGCCGAAGUCGAAAAGCAUGGACGAGGAGAUGAAGCUACAGGAAGAGUUGCAAAAGAUGAAGGACAUGCAGAGCAAGGACAAGAGAAAGCUGCGCCGCAAGGAGAACGAGAAGAAGCAGAAAGAGAUUGUCCGUCUGCAGAUGAACAUGACUACACCCAUGGAAAUCGGUAUGGAACAGGCUGGUCCCAACGGUGAGGACGCCAUGUUCCAGCUCAAAGCUGUCGACAAGGCUGGUCUUACUGGAAAGCUGCAAAAGGGCAAGAUGCAAGUCGUGCCUGUGACUGAGAAGAAAGAUGACGAGUUCGAUCUCGAAUACACCGAUGACGAGCUGGGUGAUGGUCUCGAAGGCGAGCUCGACGUGAUGUACAACCAAUACCAAGAGAAGCGUGAAGCAAGAGACGCCAAAAUCCGUGCCAAGAAGGCUAGAAAGGAACGCAACGAAGAUGGCGAGUUUGAGGGCUUCUCAAAUGACGAGGAAGCUGACAGCGAUGACGAUGCCCCUGCCAUCGAAUACGACAGCGACUCUGACGAAGACGAGGAACCCGGACAACUCAUCACUGACCUCGACAAUUCUGCCGCCCCUGCAAAUGGUCUUACAAAACGUGCGGCCAACUUCUUCGACCAGGAUCUCUUCAAGGAUAUUGACGGACUUGACGGAUUAGAAGAUGAGGAGCCAGUCAAGGACCUCGAUAGCGGUAUCGAAAUGGACUCUUCCUCCGCCUCGCCACCCCUCAAGGCCGAGAAGCCCGCAGCCAAAAAGGUCGAGAAACCUGUCAAGGAAAAGAAAGAGAAGGUCAAGAAGUCAAAGGUCCCCACACCCGCCGAACUCGCCGCCGAAGAAGCAGCAUACGAGACGGACGAUUCCUCAGAUGGCGGCUUCGAAAUCGUCAAGAACACACAGUCACAAUGGGACAAGGACGAAGACGCCAUUCCCCUUAAGAACGGACGUCCCAACAUCGACAUCAUCACCGCCGAAGCAAUGACGCUCGCCCACCAACUUGCUACUGGCCAAAAGACAAAACACGACCUCUUGGACGACAACUUCAACAAGUACUCGCUGCGCGACGUCGACGGCCUACCCGAAUGGUUCCUCGACGACGAAGGCAAAAAUUCCAAACCCCACCGCCCCAUCACCAAAGAAGCCGCCGCCGCAAUCAAGGAAAAGAUGCGCGCCUUCAACGCCCGCCCCAUCAAGAAGGUCCGCGAAGCAAAGGCUCGAAAGCAACUCCACGCAGCCCAGAAACUUGAAAAGCUCAAGCGCAAAUCUGCAUUGCUUGCCGAGAGCGAGGAUGUGUCUGAAAAGGACAAGGCAAACAACAUUUCCAAGAUUAUGGCUAGAGCAGGCAAGUCGAAGAAGAGAAAGCCCGUGCAAGUUGUUGUGGCAGGUAAGGGUAAGCAUCGCGGUGCUGGUAGACCUGGCGGUGUCAAGGGUAAAUACAAGAUGGUGGAUGCACGUCUGAAGAAGGAUGUCAGAGCUGAGAAGAGACUGAAGAAGAAGAUGGGUAAGAAGUAG